AUGCCUGUGCAGUUUGAAGCCUUUUGCUCAGGGGGCCUGGUCCCAGGCUGGAGUCUGAUCGUCCAGGGUCAGUCCAACUCCAAAGAUGAUGAGUUUGAAAUAAACUUCCUCACUGAGUCAGGUGACAUAGCUUUCCACUUCAAACCUCGAUUCUCCAAUGGCACCUUAGUCUGCAACUCCUUCCAGGGCAAUCGUUGGGGUGAAGAGGAAGUUCACGGUGUCUUCCCUCUGGAGCUAAAGGAGCCCUUCGAGAUUGAAAUCUUUUCAGAUUCAGAGUAUUUCCACGUCUUCAUCCAAGAGAACAAGGUGGCACAAUAUGAGCACCGCCAGAAACCGCUGGCCUCCAUCACCAAGGUGCAAGUGCUGAACGACCUCAGAUUCCCGCUGGUGGAGCUUUCCAAGAAGCGCCUCUGUCUGGGAGAUGGGAGGUUCUAA